UUCCAAUUUCAUAACUUAUUUUUAUACCUUCAAAAAAUCAAAAGAUUGCAUCGUUUUUUCAGCCACUAAAGUCAUUGAAUAAAUGUGCUAACAAUUAAGAACAGUAAAUGAAAAUAAGACAGUAAUAAAUUAAGCAAUUGAUAUCAAUAAAAUCAAAAUAGAGAGCGAUUCUACAGGAGAAAAGCGACAUUUAUCGAUAUGCGCGCCGUCUACGACUUGUUGCUGAGCAACGCCUUUGAUCCCAGUAUGGUGCUACAGAACCACAACACGGUGGUGGCUCGCUCCACCUUGACACCGAACAGCAGCAACCAGAACUUCGGCUCCCAUCCGCUGGGCCUCCAUGGCGGAUCGGCUAUGGGCGCUGGAUCUGGUUCGGGAUCCGGACGCAGACCCUUGAAUGCUGGUCCCAGCACCCAGCGUCCAAUUGUGGACCUUUUGGUGGCCAUGGUGGCCGUGCCCGUGCUUAUACUGUGCGCCUUGCAGCUGGAGAAGAAUCUGCGGGACAAUAGCGCCGAGUCCCGCUGGCUGGUCUUUGCCCUGGGCAUUGGCAUGCUGGUGAUCAGUGUGAUCAUUUGCGGCUAUGUCACACACCGCAUGGGCGUCUGCAUUUGGGCGGGACCCAUCGACGAGGCGGGCAACCGAGCCACCAACGGAGCCAUGCCACAUAUCAACUCCCAGAACGAUGUGCUGCGCAUUGUGGACUCCCUGCCGCCCAGCUACGACAGCGUGGUCAAGUUCGAGCUGCCGCCGCCGGCCUACGACUGCCUGGUCAUUGACUUGGACCAGUGCAAGGAUCUGGAGCCGCCGCAGACAUCGGCCAAGCCAGGUGCCGGUAGCUCCGUCUCCAUGCCCGGAACCACUCUGCACAUCUAGGGGAAGGGGGGUGGAGGCGAUGGAGGAGAGAGAAUUAAGAGAUUUUUCCCCAAAAACAAACUGGCAGCGCAACGGAUUUCUGUACUUGACCCCAAACACGACGAACCACAAGAAACAAGAAACAAAAACAAAUGCAUAACUAUACAAUUUCGAUACGUUGUUACCAGCAAACUUCUCGAGAGGCGAAACCCAUUACUUAACCUGUGAGGCAUUGAGAAUGCCUUGGCUUAUAAUAUUUCUGGGCAAGGAAGUUUCCAAAUUAUAAACCCAACAAUUUGCUUCCAGUUUAGUUCACUUCUUUUAAAAUCUGUUUUGUAUAUUAUAUAUAUUUGAUAUAGCCUUUGAUUUCCUUUUUAUAUUUUGUAAAAUUUCCCUGAAUCCACACCAAGCCUAGUUUAUUCAAAUCUCGACAGGUUGCUGCUAAAUAUCGGCUACACUUCUAUAUACUGUUAGGUUUGGCCAACUGCCAGCUUAGCUAAGCAUUUUGGCAUUGUAUUUACUUUGUUUUUAAGCAGCUAGUAUUGUAACUCGUAGGACCCACCAUCCUUUUUCUCGCAUUGUACAUAUAAAUCUAUAAAUAUAAAUAUAGUUCUUCACACAGCAUCUAGUCCCAAGUUGUAAAUAGCAAAAAAAAAAAAAGUGAAAAGAGAUGGUAAAAUGACCUAAACCACAUGAUGCGCCUGAAAACAUAUACCACUUAAAGAUAUAGUUACUUAAUGAAAGCCAAGGAAGGGCGGCAAUCAAACUACAACCACUACAGGGUAGCACUUAGUCUUAGUUCUGUAUAUAAUUAUAUAUAUAUAUAUAUAUAUAUGUAUAUCUGUAUAUUACAAAUAUAAUAAUUUUAAUAGCCAUAACGAUAGCGAUGUCGAUUGCCAACGAAUGUUAAAACAAACACAAAAAGAAAACGUUAAAUGUUGCUUUCCAGAAAUAAAAAAUUCCUAUUAAAUUUAUUGAAGUCAAAAA